AUGCCCCUGGUGGCCUAUCCAGAUUCGGCCUCGGACGAUGACAGCCAUCACGGCGCCGCCGCCGCCGCUGCUGCUGCUCGAGAUAACGACGGCCUCGCCAAGCCUGCCCUUCCCAAGCGGAAACACAGCCAUGCCGCCGACGAUGCUGCCCAGGCCCGGCCUCUGCCUCUGCCUCUGCCACCACUGCCCGCAGCAUUCCACGACCUCUACGCGGCAAAUGCCCGCGUCAGCACUAGCGACAAUCCAGACCUCCACGGCGGCCGUCGACGGGCGGUGCCUCACGUGCAGGGUAACUGGCCCAGCCAUGUCUACUUAGAGUGGGUGCCAACACAGGCCGAGUCCAAUGCUCUGCACAGCCUCAUCCAGCACGUGCGCGAUUUGCUCGAGGCUGGGAAUGCCCGGCGUGUCAAGAAGCUGCCCAUGCCAGACAUCAUCCCCUCGCUCCAGUCAGAUCUAGGUGCGUUGCUGCCUCUGCAUGUAUCUCUAUCGCGGACACUGCAAAUCAAGACCCAUGACAGGGAUGCCUUUCUCGACGCCCUGAGAGCUUCCCUGCGGCGGUGCGCAGUGUCCGCAUUUACUUGCGAAUUCCAGGGCCUGAAAUGGGUGCCCAACUUUGAACACAACCGAUGGUUCUUGGUCCUGAGCAUAAAGCGCCCAGAGAACGAUGAAUUAAACACGCUCCUGCGUGCUUGUAACCAAGCUGCCCAAAACACUGGCCAUCCAGGUCUGUAUACCGGCGGCGCAGGAGACGGCCCGAUGGACGUCGACCACAAGGAUGGUCCCAAGAGAAGAAGGGUGGACGGAAAUGAAAUUGGGCCCAAGGAUUGCUCGCAACAUUUCCACGUCAGCAUAGCUUGGAACCUGACUGAGCCCGAGGCUGAGUGGACGACUCUGGUUCAAGCGAUUGAGGCGAGUAGGUAUAUUAAAUCCCCAGAAGCUUCAUUCGACGCUGUAAAGGUCAGGAUUGGAAACGCUGUCCAUAGCAUCGCUCUGGGCCCCAAAAGGCCUGGUCUAGGAAUCCGUGGCCGAGUCUUGGGUUUGACUUGA